GGAUUUGAUGUGUGUGUGUGUGUGUGUGUGUGUGUGAGAGAGAGAGAGAGAGAGAGAGAGAGAGAGAGGCGGUAAUAAAGCCUCACCAUAAUAAUGUUUGUAGCGUUCAGUGCUAAACGCCCUGUUUGACAGAUAGGGUCGAAAAUGGUUUUUAUUGUUUGUUAAAUGAAAAUAAUUUGGAUUUGAAACUGAAAUUUAGUCGUUUAAUCAGUUGGGAACGUUGUGGCUCGCGUUCAGCACCUUGCUAGCUAAUGCUAUGCCUCCACUGAGAGAUCCUCGGAUAAGUGCCUGACGCUGGUAUCACCAUGGCCGUGACUCAGUUCCGUCUGUUUAAGAUCUGCACAUGCAUAGCAUCCAUACUGUCAUUCCUUAAAAGGCUCAUAUGCAGAACUGGGAGAUCACGCAAGCGAAGUGGAGAUCAGAUCACUCUCCCUACAACGGUUGAUUUUUCCUCUGUACCCAAUCAGCCGGAGGUUGAGGAGUGGAGUUCAUGGGAUGAAGAGGCUCCCACGAGUAUAAAGAUAGAGGGAGGUAAUGGAGUUGUUCCGUCCCAGCAGAACCAGGUGGACGACGACGAGCCGGAUUAUUUCAAAGACAUGGCUCCUACUAUCAGGAAAACACAAAAAAUUGUCUUGAAGAAAAGGGAGCCUGUGAAUUUCUCUCUCCCUGAUACAGCUACGGGCUUCUCCAGCAGACUGGCGGCCACUCAGGAUAUGUCCUUUAUCCAGCCUUCAGCAGAGCUGGGAGACCUGGAAACAUGGCAGGAGGACGCUAAUGCCUGGGAGGACGAGUCUGAUGCUUCGUGGGAGGCAGAAGAAGUGUUAAGACAGCAGAAGAUGGCAGAGAGGGAGAAGCGUGCCAUGGAACAGCAGAGGAAGAAAAUGGAGAAGGAGGUGCAGAGAAUGAUGAAGAAGGAGCAAAAGAUAGCAGUAAAGCUUUCCUAACGUUUAAAGGCCACACUGGACAUUUAAAACAAAAAAGAAAACAAAAAACACACGUGUUCCUCCACCAGUAUCUUUCAUCGUUUUUAUUCCCAGUUCAAACAUGCCAUUUUUUUCUCAUUGUAUAGAAUCCAAUGUACCUUUUUAUUGAAAUCAAUUGUAGUUGGGACAAUGCUAAUAGUACACAUACAGAAGAACCUGGAGCAUUAGUGUGUCUGUAUUUAUAUAUAUAUAUAUAUAUAUAAAAAAAAAGACAGUAAAGAGAAUGAGGAUUUUUUUUUGCCUCAUUUAAAAAAAUCUUUCUUGCAUUAAUUAAUGCAACCCCUUAUUAUGCUUUCAAAACACAAAUGAUCAGUGAUUAGUUUCAUUAUCUGUUUUUUCAUGAUUGUGGGGAACAUAUCUGUGAUUGAGUCACAGCUGAAAGAGGCCUUACCAAAUGGCAUGUGUUUUUUUUUGUAUUUUCUUUCUUUCUUUUUUAAACGUUCGCCUUCCACUAGAACAAGGUCACUUGAGAGUAAAAUAAAAAAAAAAAAAGGAAAUUGAAGAAGGUCUCAGAAAUUAACAGAACAUUAUGUGCUUGGUUAGCAACCUGUUUUUAAAAAUGGCGUGCAUGUGGGAUGAAGGGAAGGACUGAAGCCAGUAUUUAAUGUGGUGUGGGUGGUAAACCGUUGGUUGUCAUGGAAACGUGGUAGUUUUUGAAUGCCUGGAGUGUCAUCCAAAGCACCUCAUGUCUUAUCCAUCUUAAAUUUAACAGCAAUCAUUGCAGGAGCAUAAAGCACAAGGUACAGAUUCUAUUCAACACAUGCCAAGUCGCAUGGGUAGAUUUUUUGGCAGCAGUUCUGUAUGUUUAAAACCUGUACCUCAGUGCCCCCCUUCUGUUUUUGUGUACGUCUCGUACUAAAUAGUUUUAGAUCUUCAAACAAAAUAAACAUAAAUCAAAGGCAACCUGAAUACACACAAAACACAGAUUAUUUAUUAUUUAUUUAUUUGAGGUAUCCAACACCUAUAACCAAUGUGACAAACGAAUUGCCCCCUUAAACUUAAAAUUUGCUUGUGCCACCUUUUAGCAGCAAUAACUGCAACCAAACGCUUCCUAUAACUGGAGAUCAGUCUUUCACUUAUUUUAGAACUAGGACACUCCUAUGCUUUGGAUCAUUGUCUUGCUUCAUAAUCCAGUUGUGCUUUAGUUUCAACUUAUGGACUGAAGAGCUGACAUUCUUCUCUAGGAUUUUCUGGUAGAGAGCAGAAUUCAUGUUUCCCUCAAUUAUUGUAAGUUUCCCAGACCCUGAAGCAGCAAAGCAUCCCCACACCAUGACACUUCCACCACCAUGCUUGACCGUAGGUAAGAUGUUCUUUUUUUGGUUUACACUAGAUGUAACCGGACCCCUGUCUUCCAAACAGUUCCACUUUUGACUCAUUAAUCCACAGAACAUUCUCCCAAAAGGUUUGAGGAUCAUUAAGGUCUGUUUUGGCAAAAUUCAGAUGAGCCUUAAUGUUCUUCUGGGUUAGCAGUGGUUUUCACCUCACCACUCUUCUAUGGACGCCAUUUUCCCCAGUGUCAUUCUGAUAGUGGAGUCAUAAACAAUGACCUUUAUUGAUGCAAGUAAGGACUGUAGGUCCUUUAAAGUUGUCCUUGGCUCUUUUGUGACUUGAUGGAUGAGUCGUUGCUGUGCUCUUGGAGGAAUUUUGGAAGGUUGGCCACUUGUGGGAAGGUUCUCUACUGUGCCGAGUUUUUCCAUUUGGAGAUACUGGCUCUCACUGUGGUUCUUUGGAGUCCCAGAGCUUGUGAAGUAUCUUUUGUAACCCUUCCCAGACUGAUGUAUUUUAAUCACCUUCUUCCUCAUCAUUUCUGGAAUUUCUUUCAACUUUGGUGUGUUACUGGGUAAGACCUUUUAACCAACUUCAUGCUGCUGAAAAAGUUCUAUUUAAGUGUUUGUUUGAUUGAACAGGGUUUGCAGUAAUCAGGCCUGGUUGCAUCUAGUCCAGCUGAACCCCAUUACGAAUGCAGUUUCAUAGAUUUGGGGAAUUAGUAACCACGGGGGCAAAUACUUUUUCACACAGGCCCAGUUGAUAUUGGAUAACUUUUUUGCUUCAAUAAAUAACAUCAUUUAAAAACUGUAUUUUGUGUUUACUCAGGUUGCCUUUGUUUUAUCUUAGAUUUUGUUUUAAUUUCUGAAAUAAUUUAGUAUGAGGGAGACACAAAAACAGAAGAAACUUCGAUGGGGCAAAUCAUUUUUCACACCACUGAUACUCAAUGCUGUAUUAAGGUGAUUGGGUGGAGAUCAUCAUCAUGUGCAUGCAGUAAUGAUUAAGGAGUUUUUGGGUGCAGGUAAUAUUUUAAAAUGCUUAUUUUAUUAAAAUGAUGUUUCAGGGGGAAAAAAAGUUCCAAAUGUCCAAGACAAGUGCUCUUUUUUAGUUUUGCCGUGAACUGGAACAAACAAUAGUAACUUAUCACCACCAGUUAACAUCAUGCAACAAAUGGGCAUUGCAGAACUUAAAAACUAGUGGCAGCCAUUUUCAAUUCAGAAUCAUGUAAUUCAGCUUAUAUAAGAAAACUAAAAAGUUGUAUUGUGCUAUUUAGAUGCAGAUGGUUAUACGUGGCUUAACAAUGUUGUUUCAGUUAAGUGUUCAGUGACUUCAGCUUGAUUCUAAUUGGUGAUCUUAGGCUUUCAUUUCUUGCUGGCUACAUUUGCUCAAAGCUCCUAGUUACAAAACUAAAGAAGCAAAAUUUGGACACCAAAUGUCUUGGCUGAGGUAUGUUGGAAGUUUAUGUAAAUUAGAUUUUCGCCCCAGCCAUCCUUUUAAGUUGUGUCCCACUAGACAUGAAAGUUCUCCAAAGAUUUGCAGCACAACGAUCAUGAUUACAUUCUGGAGACAAUGUUCAAAGGGCAGCUAUGCAGUACAUUUGGGAAAUCAGGCCUAUGCAACAAAUGAGACAUGAGCCUGUCAUUUCACAAACAAUGUUUCAAACAGUUUUGUGCACACAUUCAUUAUUUUCCUGUAAUAAAUGUUUGGAUUUAUAAAAAAAAAUGUGCUUACUGGAGUUUAGGAAAGCCAUACUUUAGUUCCUGGCCUAAAUGGUGCAAUAUAUAAGAUGUUUGCACAGAUGUAGACGUUACACUGUCUAUGUAAAUCAGAUCUGCACAUGGAAUUAGAAGCAUGUUUAAUUACACACUCAAACAGACUAUAUGUAAAUGUCAUAAAUCCUCACCGUGCACUCGGCUUUAAUGUCAUGGCUGAACACCACAUGAGAGAUGCCCUGCUAAAUGAUUUAACACUUGUGCAUUUUCAGAGCUUAUUCAAGGUCGUGUUCUGACUAGUGGAAUAUUCCAGUCCUGAGAAUGACGUCAUAAUCUCUCAUCUGUUUCUGCAGCGCCCCUAGCCCACUGAAGCUCCUACAGCAUGACCCACUUUGAUAUUAAAACAGUUCUUUUCAUUCAGGAAGAAAGGAUGGCAAGUGUGUCGGUUCAUAAAAUGUUUUUUGAACCUCAUUUGAAUGGAGGGAAAGAGUGUUUUUGCAAUGGUCACAUGUUGAAAAGCAGCCUGUUUAAUAAAUGCUGCUGCUAAAGUGAAUGUAGGCUAUGAAUAAAUACCAGGUAUAAAUGUACUUCUCAUGGUCAUAUUUAAUGAUUUGUUAUUUACGUGUUGAACUAAAUCCAAAAUAAAUCAAAAUGUAGCAGUC